GGGGUCUACACGAUCAUUCACUCGGCUGCGGAGUAGGCGGGAAACCAAAGCGAUAUAUUUCCGCUUCCGUCAGGGGCCGGAAGUUAGCGUCUCCCGGGUGAAGCGGCUUUGGCUGCGAGGCAGGGCUGGUCCAGCCGCAGUCCACCCCUACCUUCUUCUGAGCACAGAGAUCUUAAGUGACCUACCUAGAGUCACACAGUUUCAUCUCCCUGUAGCCAUGGGACGAAGGAAGUCUAAACGGAAGCCACCCCCCAAGAAGAAGAUGACAGGUACCCUGGAGACCCAGUUCACUUGCCCCUUCUGCAACCAUGAGAAGUCUUGUGAUGUGAAAAUGGACCGAGCUCGCAACACUGGAGUUAUCUCCUGUACCGUGUGCCUAGAGGAAUUCCAGACACCCAUCACAUAUCUGUCAGAACCCGUGGAUGUGUACAGCGAUUGGAUAGACGCCUGCGAGGCAGCCAAUCAGUAGCAAUAUCAAGGACCUGCCCCCUCAGCAGUCCCCGACUUGGGUACCAAUCCAGAGACAUUCCAGGGCUCCAGGGUGUAGGUCCAGGACUGUGACAGCCCUCCCUCUGUGUAUGGAGUGGAUGUGAAUGAGUAGACGUGUGUGUGGCUGCAGAUGUGGCUGUAAUGGUGGCUGUGACUGCUUGUAGGUUGGGUGGAGGUGAGGGGUUGCUGGGUCUCACCAUGCUGCCCAGGGUGGCCUCAAACUUCAGAACCUUAUGCCUCAAAUAACUCUGAAAGCCUUUAAGUUGCUCCCUUCUUCAGCCCACACCCCUGCCCCAAGCUUUAGGUUCGUGGCUCCUCUGGUGACAGUUUCCUGACAUCUCAGGCAAGGAAUAGCUGUGGGACCUCCCGUCUCCUCAGCCACCUCACCAGCGCCUUGCCCUUGGGGAACUGGCCUUCCCAUCCUUCCCGGCCUGUGGCCUGGGAGUCAAGGCUACAGACCAACCAGGUCCUUCGGCUGGGCUUUGCCGGGGAGCCCGUUUUCCUGCUCACUUGCUUUUGUAGAAAAGGUAGGGGCUGGUUCGGGGACAGCUGUCACUCAAGCCUGUCAAUAAAGCAGCCGGUGUGGA